CGGGAAUAACAAUGGGUUUUGAAUGCGAGCAAGCGACAUCGACAACAACGUGAAGUGGAGGCUCUACGACGUCGACGAAUACGAUUCGCUAGAAUCUGCCUGAAGAUUUCAAAUACGUCGAUCGCAGCAAGCUAGUUCUACCUACCCCUCCGGUCCACCUGUCUAGGCCUAGGCCUCUGCACUGGGGCUGCCUAACGUCAUCAGGCCCGAGGCAAUACAAAGUAUUGUUCGCACGCUGAUCACAUUUCGUGUUCCUGCCCUCUUCCUCGUCAAGAAUCAACAACUGAACAUCAACAGCAAUUAUGUCAUCUCCUAAGCUUCUCUCGGGAUCUUUCUCCCACAUCAUCAACGGAAAGGCAUAUGACACCAAAGGAGCAAAGACUCUGGACGUGAUCAACCCCGCGACUGAGGAGAAGAUUGCCUCCGUGCCCAUUGCUACGCGCGAAGUGCUUGAUGAAGCCGUCGAACAUGCUCAGACCGCAUUCGAAUCAUGGUCUCAGACACCAUGGCAAGAGCGUGCAAAGGCGAUCAAGGCUGUCGGUGAAGAGUACAAGGCAAUGAGCCAGGACAUCGUCGAGCUGCUUGUGCUUGAGCAAGGAAAGGCCACUCCAUUUGCAAAGGGCGAGGUCGAUCUUGUCAACGAAUGGUUCGAGCGUCAACCAAGCAUGGAAAUCAAGGAGAAGGUUGUGUGGGAGAACGACGAGACAAAGGCCAUUGAGCAGUACGUUCCAUUGGGCGUUACCGCUGGCAUCGUGCCAUGGAACUUCCCAGUACUCCUCAUGAUCUGGAAGAUCAUCCCCGCUGUCCUCACAGGAAACACGAUCAUCAUCAAGCCUUCGCCAUUUACCCCUCUAUGCGAUGUCAGAUGUGUCGAGCUCUUCAACCGACACCUGCCACCUGGUGUCGUGCAAAUUGUGCUGGGAGACGACAAUCUUGGCCCAUGGGUCACAGAGCACCCAAAGAUUCGCAAGAUUUCUUUCACCGGAAGCACCGCAACUGGUCGCCUGGUGGCCAAGAGCUGCUCCGCGACUCUGAAGCGUGUGACUCUGGAGCUGGGCGGUAACGAUGCUUGCAUUGUCCUGCCAGAUGUUGACAUCGAGAAAGUGGCGCCCACUAUCCUGCUGAGUGCUUUCUUCAACUCCGGCCAAGUAUGCCACGCAGCAAAGCGCAUCUACGUCCACGAAGACAUUUUCGAGAAGCUCUCGAAGGCACUGGUCGAGGCCGCCAACCAAGCUGGCGUAGGACCCGGCUCCAAGGAGGGCGUCAUGUAUGGCCCAUUGAACAACCGACAGGUCUACGAGAAGGUCAGCGAAUUCUUUGCGGACUCGCAGAAGAACAACCACGAUUUCUUGACCGGCGGCAAGAUUCCCGAAGGUCCAGGAUUCUUCGCACCACUGACACUCGUCAACAACCCACCAGAGAACAGCCGUCUCGUGCAAGAGGAGCCUUUUGGACCAAUCGUGCCAUUGCUCAAGUGGAAUGAUGACAAGGAAGUCAUCAAGCGCGUCAACGACUCUUCGUGGGGUCUGGGCGCCACCAUCUACGGCACAGACUUGGCUCGCGUUGAGAAGUUGGCUCGCCAAGUCGAGGCUGGUGUCGUGUGGACCAACACUAUGAUGCAGCAGCAUCCGGAGGUUCCUUUCGGCGGCUUCAAGGGCAGCGGUGUCGGCUGUGAGAACGGCGAGGCAGGUCUGAAGGGCUGGUGCCAAGUGCGCAGCAUAUAUUUGGCAAAGGCAUGAUCGUGCUACUCGAAUAGGAACAUUGAACCGAUAGGUACACAUGAAUUGCGAUACCUCUACAACUGCAGAACAUAUCAACAGCGUGCUGGCUCCCUUGCGCUGCAAUUUGAUACCUCCAAGCCCACGCUCUCCGGCAAAUCCAAAUGACUGCGUUGGACUUGUUGGGCUAUCAUCAUCGUGA